UGUAAACAAUCGGCCAAGAAACGAGAGACAUGAGUUUGAACGUCAAGUCAGAUCCCACAAGUUUGAAGAAUGUCCUCAAUGCUUUACAGAACAGCAGUAGAUUGAAACACUGGGAUAAACCACCGCGAGAUUAUGGCCCGGAUAAUCCUGAGGAUUCAGAAUACAACACAAAUGGCCUCAAAUGGGUGGGAGACAUGUCAAAGAUCACCCUCUCUCCGGGGUUUUCCUUUGAGGCUGACUCAGGAGGCGAGACCGAGAGUGAGGAUGCGGCAGAGAGUGACAAGGAGGAUGAAACAGACUCACAGGAAGAAUCGAGAGUCAGCUCCAGCUUACAGUGGAUAGACCCAAAGGAAGAGUUGGAUGACGAGGCGACAUGCGAAGCUCUUGUCACCAGCCGGAAGGCACUGUACGCCAGACAACUCAUAGAGAAAAUGGAGGAAAUGAAACUAGAAGAAGAGAUUCAACAGAAGGUUAAGAGGAAAUGUAAAGAUAAGUACAAUGAGUACAUGAAACAGUUAGAAAACAUCUAUAAGAAUGCAGAAAUUCAGAAGAAGGAGUACUUUGACCAACGCAACAAAAGCCUAGAACAGGAGGAAACUCAGCUUCGUCAUCGAGAGGAAGAUGACGCCAAAAUCAUAAAAAAACAAGAAGAGGAAUACAGCCAAUACAUAGCACAAGAGUCACGGAAGCUGCUGGCAAUCGUAGAGGAAGCACAGCGGAAGGAAGCCGAGCAGGCCAGCCAGAGAAGAGCUCUCAUAAACCAGCUGCAGAAUUCCAAGGGGUCCUUCGUCACCAAGAUCUCACAGAUGAAUCAGCAGUUGAAUGAUCUCCAAGAUAGACAGUUUUUGGAACCCUCAACUGAGAGCUUCCUCAAUGACACAUUAACACACGUCUCGGAGGUGAUAGAUGGAGCAGAACAGGAAAGCGUAGGCCAACCUGAUCUUCAACUGGCACAGCAGACAUUGCAGGAUGCCAUUGUUUAUGUUGACAAUCUUAAUGCCAACCUCAAAGCGAAAGUAGAAGAGAAAAAGAAGAACUUACAGCUAGAGGAGCAAAGGAAAGCAGCCAAGGAAGCAGAAGAGGCAGCGGCGGCAGCACAAGCACAGGCACAGUGUCCCUCACUGGUUGAAAGUAUAGAGUAUGAACAUAGAUUUGUACACUGCACAAUACUGUUUAAGGUUUGCAGAGAUGCAGAAGAAAGUGGAGCCCUAUCUGAGUGUCCAAGGCCAGGUGGAUAA